ACCAAGAUCAAAACUGUCAAAAAAAUAUUUGAUAAAAAUCAGGAAGUAGUAUACCUCUUUAAGCUUUAUAUCAUGGAUCAGAACAAAAUUUGCAUUGCAUUUGUAUUAUUUAUUUGCAGAUUUUUAAAUGCAGAAACUGUCACUGAUUCUCCAACCACCAAGCCAGAGUAUAUUCAGAUAUUUGAAAAGCAUCAACACUGGUAUGGGUACUACAAGUACAACAACGCUAAUUACUACUGUGAACUGUCUGUUCACUCGGAACACUACAAAAAACCUGGUGGUCUCCUUGCAACUUUCAACGACAAAAGCGGUACUACAGUAGAGUUUGAAGGUGAAGCAGUGGGCAAUGCAGGACUUGAUGUUAAGUUUACAGUACACACAGUGUUUAACUCUGGUCAAGCAAACUUCCCUCGUAAUUUCACUUUCACCGCCAUAUUAUACGUGAAGGAGGAGAAAUGGAACUUGCAUGGAACAGUAGAUGAGCCUUUAGAUGGGCCAUUCGGAGAUAUAGAUCUUCAGCAGAAAACUGGUGCUGAUUCUCCAACCACCAAGCCGGAGUAUAUUCAGAUAUUUGAAAAGCAUCAACACUGGUAUGGCUACUACAAGUACAACAACACUGAUUACUACUGUGGACUGUUUGUUCACUCGGAACACUACAAAAAACCUGGUGGUCUCCUUGCAACUUUCAACGACAAAAGCGGUACUACAGUAGAGUUUGAAGGUGAAGCAGUGGGUUUCGCAGGACUUGAGGCUAAGUUUACAGUACACACAGUGUUUAACUCUGGUCAGGCAAACUUCCCUCGUGAUUUCACUUUCACCGCCACACUAUACAAGAAGGAGGAGAAAUGGAACUUGCAUGGAACAGUAGAUGUGCCUUUAAAUGGUCCGUACGGAGAUAUAGAUCUUCAGACUGAUGCUGAGCUGGGUUCGCCAUCGGAAUCAACUUCAAGUCCAAAUCUUUUCCUUAUUCUUGGCAUUCCGAUCAUCCUAACUGUUAUCGGCAUAUUUCUGCUCGGGGGACUUCUGCACUGGGCUGUGCGCAAAGGAUACAUCAGAUAUGUGCCAAAGACCUAUGAUAACUUUAAUAACCCCGUUGAGUACAGUGAAAACUCACAACAAGUCCAGAUAUAGGAACAGGUUUAAAGCGGCACUCUCACAGUUGAACCGUUUUGACAACUUUUUAUAUUUUUUUUUGUCUUGGAAUGAGCCAAUUUUUAUGUAAAUGUCUGAGAACCUGUGAUAUAAGACUGCUGUCAAAAGAUCAAAUCCAAGAUUUUCGCAUUUAUGUUUGAAAAUUGAUGUUUUCUGCCUAAAAUAUCAUAUUUCUUAAAGCGUUAAUUACCCUUUUAGCCAUAAAACUUUUGUUUUCGAACAUAAAUAUGAAAAAACUGCAAUCUGAUCUUUUGUCAGCAGUCUUAUAUCACUAGUUUCAAGAUAUUUAUGCAUUCCAAGACAAAAGUAAAAAAAAGUUAUCAAAACAGUAAAUCUGUGAGAGUACAGCUUUAAGGUUUUGGAUGGAAUGAUGAUGAUGCCAUGUUUGGUUAAAGAAUUUAUUUAAAAAAUCUCAAGACUUCAAUUAUUUGGAAAGCAGCUAUACAAUCAAAAUGAAAUUGUUAUUUAACAAUUAUGAAUAGUUUAGUGUGUACAUGAUUCUGGCUAAUGCGGUGGUCAGGGAUAAUUAUAGCUUCUCUCUAAAGCUUCCUGGGUUUGAUUCCCAACCUGGGCCGAUGUGUGUUUGGUUGUUAAUCACCACGCCAAACAAGCGGGAUUCCAUCAGGUACUCCGGUUACUCCCACAAUGCAAAACCACAGUGUUCAAUAUAAUGUUGCCAUACAUUGUUUCACAAGAAGUUUAACCUAAAAAGGUGUUUCUUGUGAUAGCUCAAAAAUAAUUGAUUACAAAUCAUUAUGUUGUACACUGUAGAUGAAAUUAACAUAUCAGCUUUUGUAACAAGCCUUUGAUUGUAUUCACUUAACAUCUUCAGUCUGAGUUUGAGACUCUGGAGCAGUGAUUACGAACAGUUGUUAAGUCUGAAUUCAGACUCAAGACUCAAUAUGGCAAAACUUCAGUUCAUUGUGAUUUUCCUUCCUUCAAAGCAUUGAUGGUGAAAUUUACUGAAAUAUAUCACUUUGUGAAUGUUUUACUAUUAUUUACAUACAUUUUUGUAAAAGAAAUGGAAUAAAUAUGAUUUUUAUGCCCCCGAAGGUGGGCAUAUUAAAAUCGCACCGUCCGUCUGUCCGUCCGUCCGUCCGGCUCUGUAACUUUCCCUUGUAUGGACAGAUUUUAAAAUAACUUGCCACAUGUGUUCCACAUACCAAGACGACGUGUCGCGUGCAAGACUGGUGUCCCUACCUCAAAGGUCAAGGUCACACUUAGUGUAUAUUCACAAUGGAGUGCUGCAUAUAAGGACAUAGAGUAUAGGUUGUCUUGUCCGGGCUGUAACUUUCUCUUGUAUGGACAGAUUUUAAAAUCACUUGCCACAUGUGUUCCACAUACCAAGACGACGUGUCGCGUGCAAGACUGGUGUCCCUACCUCAAAGGUCAAGGUCACACUUAGUGUUUAUUCACAAUGGAGUGCUGCAUAUAAGGACAUAGAGUAUCGGUUGUCGUGUCCGGGGUGUUACUUUCCCUUGUAUGGACAGAUUUUAAAAUCACUUGCUACAUGUGUUCCACAUACCAAGACGACGUGUCGUGUGCAAGACCCAUGUCCCUGCCUCAAAGGUCAAUGUCACACUUAUUGUUUAUUCACAAUGGAGUGCUGCAUAUAAGGACAUAGAGUAUAGGUUGUCGUGUCCGGGGUGUUACUUUCCCUUGUACGGACAGAUUUUAAAAUCACUUGCUACAUGUGUUCCACAUACCAAGACGACGUGUUGUGUGCAAGACCCAUGUCCCUACCUCUAAGGUGAAAGAUACACUAAGUGUUUAUUCACAAGGGAAUUCUGAAUAUAAGGACAUAACAGUGUAGGUUGUCAAGUAUGGGUGGUAUUUUUUUAUGUUCAGAGGCAAUUUAAAAUAACUUGCCAUAUAUGUAUUUGACACGUAAAGGCAAGAUCAACUUUUCAUUUACUGACCUUGUUCAUAGGUCAAUGUCACAUUCGGGGGCAUUCGUCACAUACUGUGACAGCUCUUGUUUGUUCCUUUAUUAAAAUGCUUUUCUGAGUCUAGACUUGGACUUGAGACUGUUCGCAUGGCCCCUGAAAACUGAAUUCUUAGGUUUUUCAAAAUAUCUAAAAUAUAACUAAUUUUGACAAAGGAUGUGUGUCUGAUUGUAGAACCGAUAAUUUGUAAGGAAUACAUAACUUUUGACCAUCUUUGCUCCUGUAAUAUCAUUUUAUAAAUGCAAUUUAAAUUUUGCCUUUCUAAGCAAUGAGUCCCAAACUCAGACUCAGGAUGUUAGUUUAUCACUAGGUUAUUUCUUGUGUUUUCUUUUAAAGAGGCAUUGAAAGUUGAUUGUGAUAAAGUAGAGGCUGUGUAGGAUGUUAAGUUUUUGUGAGGGUAUCAUUCCUGGAUAUAUUUAAAAUCAAUUAGGUUGUGUAGGCUGUUAAAGAUUUUGUCAGGGUAUCAUUUCCUGAGUAGAUUUAAAAUCAAUUAGGUGGUGUAGGCUGUUAAAGUUAUGUGGGGGGUAUCAUUUCCUGGAUAGAUUUAAAAUCAAUCAGGUUGUGUAGGCUGUAAAAGUUAUGUGGGGGUAUCAUUUCCUGGAUGGAUUUAAAAUCAAUAACGUUGUGUAGGCUGUUAAAGUUUUUGUCUGGGUAUCAUUUCCUGGGUAGAUUUAAAAUCAAUUAGGUUGUGAAGGCUGUUCAAGUUUUGUGAGGGUAUCAUUUCAUUGAUAGAUUUAAAAUCAAUUAGGUUGUGUAAACUGUUAAAGUUUUGUCAGGGUAUCAUUUCCUGGGUAGAUUUAAAAUCAAUUAGGUUGUGUAGGCUGGUAAAGUUUGUGAGGGUAUCAUUUCCUUGAUAGAUUUACAAUCAUUAAGGUUGUAAAUGAAAUGUUUAAUUUAAUGUGGAUUCUGAGCAUUAGAUAAUGGUAUUAAGAUUUACAUCCUUAGCACCACAGUUUAUCAUAACCUAUAUUAUGGGCAAAUCAGCUGUAAAAAUCUUGUACUCAUGAAUAAUAAAUGAGGUGAAAUCCAGCCGCUUGAUUGGUCGCAUGGGACACACCUCAUGCGUUGCGGUAAUGGCCAAGUUACAGGUGUACGUGUAAUCUCGGUUCGAAAUAAUCUAAUGAGAUCACAGCUUACAAAUCGUUUUAGGGAGGAUAUUGUUAAAUUAGCCGAUAGCUCUUAACAAAAGAGAUUCUUUCCUUUUUGUUAUCGGUUAUUUCAUUGGUCUGAAAAUGCUUAUGAAUAUUCAAGAUUUACAAGGUUUCCCUAGCCAAUUUGCCGAGGUUAUGGGCAUAUAGGUUAUGAUACACUGGGGUGCCGAGGAGCUAAAAUUUACAAAAUUGGCCAAACCCAAAGCUGUAUGGAAUCAAAGCAAAAGUAAAUGAGUGUACAUUCCAUUAUGUUCGUGAUAAACUCAAGAUUUAAAAAAAAAUAAUGUCCAAUUGGUUUUUGUUGACUUCUGAUCGAAACAAGAAUAUGGGAACAAUACUAAUGCCCUUAAUUACUUCUUAUAUUAUUAUUAUAAAUUUUCAAAUGUUUACUUCUGACCUGCAAAUGCUUAUUUAAGCAAUUGGGAACACAACUAAUGCCUUUUAUUACUUUUUAUAUGUUUGAAAAUGUAACUUAUUUGUAAACAUAUCAACUAUUUUUUAUUGAGAAAUAUAUGCAAUUAAAUCCGUUUGUGAAAUAGUAAUGUUUAAAAAUUGAAUAUGGUUUAAAGGUUGUUAAAAGUUUAACAAAUAUUGGGUUAAAAGUUCAGCAAAUGUUGGGUUAAUUUUUUAGCAAAUGGAGGGUUAAAAGUUCAGCAAAAUAAUGUUGGGUUAUUUUUUUAGCAAAUGGAGGGUUAAAAGUUCAGCAAAAUAAUGUUGGGUUAAUUUUUUAGCAAAUGGAGGGUUAAAAGUUCAGCAAAAUAAUGUUGGGUUAAUUUUUUAGCAAAUGGAGGGUUAAAAGCUCAGCAAAAUAAUGUUGGGUUAAUUUUUUAGCAAAUGGAGGGUUAAAAGUUCAGCAAAAUAAUGUUGGGUUAUUUUUUUAGCAAAUGGAGGGUUAAAAGUUCAGCAAAAUAAUGUUGGGUUAAUUUUUUAGCAAAUGGAGGGUUAAAAGUUCAGCAAAAUAAUGUUGGGUUAAUUUUUAGCAAAUGGAGGGUUAAAAGUUCAGCAAAAUAAUGUUGGGUUAAUUUUUAGCAAAUGGAGGGUAAAAAGUUCUGACAGCAAAUGUUGGGUUAAAAGUUUAGCCAAUGGCGUGUUAAAAGUUAAGCAAAUGAUGGGUUAAAAGUUACGCAAAUGAUGGGUUAAACAGUUACGCAAAUAAUGGGUUAAAAGUUACGCAAAUGAUGGGUUAAACAGUUACGCAAAUAAUGGGUUAAAAGUUCAGCAAAUGUUGGGUUAAUUUUUUAGCAAAUGGAGGGUUAAAAGUUCAGUAAAAUAAUGUUGGGUUAUUUUUUUAGCAAAUGGAGGGUUAAAAGCUCAGCAAAAUAAUGUUGGGUUAAUUUUUUAGCAAAUGGAGGGUUAAAAGUUCAGCAAAAUAAUGUUGGGUUAAUUUUUUAGCAAAUGGAGGGUUAAAAGCUCAGCAAAAUAAUGUUGGGUUAAUUUUUUAGCAAAUGGAGGGUUAAAAGUUCAGCAAAAUAAUGUUGGGUUAAUUUUUUAGCAAAUGGAGGGUUAAAAGUUCAGCAAAAUAAUGUUGGGUUAAUUUUUUAGCAAAUGGAGGGUUAAAAGCUCAGCAAAAUAAUGUUGGGUUAAUUAUUUAGCAAAUGGAGGGUUAAAAGUUCAGCAAAAUAAUGUUGGGUUAAUUUUUUAGCAAAUGGAGGGUUAAAAGUUCAGCAAAAUAAUGUUGGGUUAAUUUUUUAGCAAAUGGAGGGUUAAAAGUUCAGCAAAAUAAUGUUGGGUUAAUUUUUAGCAAAUGGAGGGUUAAAAGUUCAGCAAAAUAAUGUUGGGUUAAUUUUUAGCAAAUGGAGGGUAAAAAGUUCUGACAGCAAAUGUUGGGUUAAAAGUUUAGCCAAUGGCGUGUUAAAAGUUAAGCAAAUGAUGGGUUAAAAGUUACGCAAAUGAUGGGUUAAACAGUUACGCAAAUAAUGGGUUAAAAGUUACGCAAAUGAUGGGUUAAACAGUUACGCAAAUAAUGGGUUAAAAGUUCAGCAAAUGUUGGGUUAAUUUUUUAGCAAAUGGAGGGUUAAAAGUUCAGUAAAAUAAUGUUGGGUUAUUUUUUUAGCAAAUGGAGGGUUAAAAGCUCAGCAAAAUAAUGUUGGGUUAAUUUUUUAGCAAAUGGAGGGUUAAAAGUUCAGCAAAAUAAUGUUGGGUUAAUUUUUUAGCAAAUGGAGGGUUAAAAGCUCAGCAAAAUAAUGUUGGGUUAAUUUUUUAGCAAAUGGAGGGUUAAAAGUUCAGCAAAAUAAUGUUGGGUUAAUUUUUUAGCAAAUGGAGGGUUAAAAGUUCAGCAAAAUAAUGUUGGGUUAAUUUUUUAGCAAAUGGAGGGUUAAAAGUUCAGCAAAAUAAUGUUGGGUUAAUUUUUAGCAAAUGGAGGGUUAAAAGUUCAGCAAAAUAAUGUUGGGUUAAUUUUUAGCAAAUGGAGGGUAAAAAGUUCUGACAGCAAAUGUUGGGUUAAAAGUUUAGCCAAUGGCGUGUUAAAAGUUAAGCAAAUGAUGGGUUAAAAGUUACGCAAAUGAUGGGUUAAACAGUUACGCAAAUAAUGGGUUAAAAGUUACGCAAAUGAUGGGUUAAACAGUUACGCAAAUAAUGGGUUAAAAAAAUUGGUCAAAUGAAGGGUUAAAAAGUUGAUCAAAUGAUGGGUUAAAUGGACAGCAAAUGAUGGAUUAGAGUUGAGCAAAUGAUGUUACAUCUGUAAAGCUAGUCAUGUUUUCCUUAGUAUUUUAUUGUGAUCUGAACUU